AUGUCCGAGCAGUCAGAUGCAGAUGCACCCGAAUCGGCAGUACCAGAAGAGACAGAGCACCACAGCAGACACUCCAAAUUCAACGAAUUAGUACAUGAAGGCUGGCACGUAGGCAAAGAAAAGAGUCUUGAGGGUCUACUCAAAAGCAAACUCUCCCUCGAACACUCCCUCGGCCUCGGCGCCAAACCAAAUGUAAUACCCCUGGGCGAACCGCGCAUCGACGGCCCGCUCCGCCCUGUGCAAAUUGGCUGGCACCCCGUCGCCGGCAUGGGCGGGAAAUGGCUCGCCGAAAAAUCUGGACUCGGGAAAAUGAUCACCAAGGAAAUCGGCAAGUAUCCGGACCCGUCGCAGCACUGGGCCGUGCUGGUCGGAGAUUUUGUGCAUCAGCUGUGGAUGGAUGAGCAGCUGGAUGUCAUCUAUAUCAAUGAGGAGUGCAAGCGGGAGGAGUGGCAUGUCUUUGAUGUGGGUAUGACGAGGUUUACGGAUGAGGCUUUGAAGCAGGCUGCUGACAUGACGAUCCAUAACAUGAGGGAGAAACGGCCAGCCUACAAUCUAAUCAGCAACAACUGUCAGAACUUCGCCGUGCUUCUCCUGGACGCCAUACAAGUGGGAGCGCACCGCCAGUUCGCAACUAGUUUUGCCGUUUAUUCCGCAGCCACGGGCGCUGGCACAAUCAAGGAUCUGUUUGCGGAUGCUCAUCCCGAGGAACAAAAGGUCCAUGAGCCAGAGGAGGCUGAACACCCUGAACGCCCUGAAUUGUAUCGCAUGGACACGGUGCAGAAUGCGCAACAGGUCAUGGAUGAGAAUACCACCAAGUUGGAUAAUCACCGUUCCUUGUUCUAA